UUUACCAAUCAGAUAUAUAAAUAAACUCACACUGACGCAAUCUCAAGUUUCAUUUUUCACCUACACUUUUCUCACUCUUCAAGCCACAAUGGACGAAUCCAGCUCAUCGCAACUUCACCAAAUCGGCCAUGUACCAUAAUCCACUUCACCUGCAUUGCUUCCAAUGGGAAAGGCCGACGAAGAACAGCCUUUGCCUUACAAUUUAGCCUCCGAGGAUCCCGAGCAGAACGUGGAGGUCCGGUGUGGUUGUAGGUGUUCUGCAAUUCGAAAAUUCAUCGGUCUCAGAUGCAUUUUCAUUCUCCUAUUAUCUGUUGCCGUGUUUCUCUCUGCUGUAUUUUGGUUACCCCCAUUUUUUGGGUACGCAGAUCAGAAGGAUCUGAACUCAGGUGCCAAGUACAAAGAUCAUGAUAUUGUUGCAAGUUUUGUUGUUGGGAAGCCAGUUUCUUUGCUGCAAGACAACAUAUUGCGGCUAGAAGAGGAUAUUUUUGAAGAGAUAGGAGUUCCCUCUACCAGAGUCGUCAUCUUGUCUCUGGAUCCCUUUCCUGGGACAAACAUGACAAAAGUUGUGUUUGCAUUUGAUUCUGAUGGUGAAUAUUCAGAAAUGUCUUCAGCUGCUGUUAGUUUGAUAAGAUCAUCAUUUGAAUCUCUGGUCAUACAACAAUCAUUUCUCCAUCUCACUUCGAACUUGUUUGGAGAUGCCUUUUUCUUUGAAGUGCUGAAAUUGAAAGGAGGACUCACUGUAAUUCCACAACAGAGUGGAUUUCUUCUGCAGGCUGGGCAAAUACUAUUCAACUUUACUCUGAAUUUCUCUAUCUAUCAAAUACAAUUAAACUUUGAAGCAUUGACAAGUCAGCUAAAGUCUGGUUUGCAUCUGACACCCUAUGAGAACCUGUAUGUCAUAUUAUCUAAUCCUGAAGGCUCAACAGUAGCUGCGCCUACUAUUGUUCAGUCAUCUGUUUUCAUGGCUAUUGGGAUUUCUCCAUCAAAGGAGAGGUUAAAGCAACUGGCACAAACCAUCACAGGUUCUCAUUUUAGGAACCUUGGCUUGAACAAUACUGAAUUUGGUCGGGUUAAGCAGGUUCGACUUUCAUCCAUCUUACAGCACUCCCUUCAUGGUGGAAGUGGCACUAAAUGGUCGCCUUCUCCUGCUCCUCUACCUCAUUCACACCACCACCAUAGGCAUCACCACUACCAGCACCACCAUACAGCCCAUCAAGCUCCUGUGUUUUCACCUACACCUGCACCUGCAGCUGGGAAAGGUGCACUCUCACCUGAGGCUGGCUCUCCUGCAGCUCCAGGAAGUGUGCCUGCGCCAGGGAGAAGUUCUCGAGCUGAGCCUCCUAAUUGCAGAUCUGCUCGGAAUACUGUAAAACAUGCUCAUCCAACACCUGCAGUUGCCCCUGCUGUAGCCUCACCCUUUUCUGUUGCCUCACCAAAACAGCAAGUCGGAUCACCUCCUCAUGUCUCUCAUUCAGUUCCUGCUUUUAGUCCUUUGCCAAAUGUAGCCUUUGCUCAUGCUGAGCCCCCUCCUAAGAAUGGACCAUCUUCGGAACGUUCUGACACACAUUUUCAUGAGCCAUCACCAUCUUCAUCUUUUGCAGGUCGUCGACGAUCUCUUGAAUGGACAUCUUUAAUAUUUGUAGCACUCGUGUUAUGUAUCGUAAAGGACUGAAAACGUAUGAAUAGGAAAGUAAAUGAAGAGCACCAUAAAUAUAAGCCACGCGAAGGCCAAGCUCUACAUCUGAGUCUGAGGGGAUAUAAAGAUGUGAUUAAGCGUGUAAAUAGUUGAAAAGAUCCACACCUUUUUUGCAUGUUCAGGUCAAAGUCCACUCGUGGCAGGCCUUGAUCACAUGCAUUACCGCUGUUUUGUGUAUCAUCUAUGUAAGGGGGAAAUUUGAAAGCAAAAGAAAAGAAGUGACGUUUUCCAUUUUUGUUUUGCCUCCUCUCAAUUGUUUUGAGUUGCCGUAAUAGAGGCAGUUCUCAUUAAUCAUUAUGUUGUUCUAGUGCUUUGCAAUUGUUAAAUUAAUUAUGUUCGUGUACGGUCAAUGCGUAAUUAUGAUUAUAGCUGAGAAUUCUCUUAAUAAGUUACCCAUGAUACAUUCUCUUUUGGUUAA